GAGCCCAGGCCCCCAAACGUCUCAAUUUCGAUUUUUCGCUUAGCAAAAGGAAGAGUCCAGAAAGGCAAGCGCUCGGCUUCUAGGGUUAUUUUUUCCCCAUUUGCGCUUCUGUUUGUUCUUUCUUUUGCAGGAACGCUCCGAACGAAACGCCGUCUUUGCUAGAUCACCAUGUCGUCGUCGAAGAAGAUCACCCUGAAGAGCUCCGACGGCGAGGCCUUCGAGGUCGACGAGGCCGUGGCGCUCGAGUCUCAGACAAUCAAGCACAUGAUUGAGGACGAUUGCGCUGACAACGGAAUCCCUCUCCCGAACGUGACGAGCAAGAUCUUGGCCAAGGUCAUCGAAUACUGCAAGAAGCACGUUGAGGCGGCGAACCCCGAGGAACGCACAUCAGACGAAGAUCUCAAGGCCUGGGAUGCGGAGUUUGUCAAGGUUGACCAGGCAACUCUAUUCGAUCUCAUUCUGGCUGCGAACUAUUUGAACAUCAAGAGCCUUCUGGAUCUGACAUGCCAGACUGUAGCAGACAUGAUCAAGGGGAAGACGCCGGAGGAGAUCCGCAAGACCUUUAACAUCAAGAAUGACUUCACCCCUGAAGAAGAGGAAGAGGUUCGUCGGGAGAACCAGUGGGCAUUUGAAUGAUGUAUUGGGCGAUAAUGGAGGUUGAAUGUGGUUUAUGUGGUAUAUUUUGUGGGUUUAUAUUAGGCAUAGUUAUUCUAAUGUUAUCAUUCUCUGUUUCAAGCACAUUCUCUUUCUCAAAAAGUUUGAGCUCUUUGAAUGUAAAUAAUAUUUGGAUUCUGAUGGGGGCACAGGUGUUGCUCCUUCUAUCAUUUCAACGCCUUCAAUCCUUUCUUUCUUUC